CAUCAGUGCCCAGCAGUGCACCCAACUGUCAGUGCACCCACCUGUACCCCGAGCAGUGUCUCACACACCUGCGCCCAGAAGUGCCACCUACCCGUGCCCAGCAGUGCCACCCACCUGUGCCAACCAGUGCCACCCACCUGUGCCAUCCACCAGUGCCCAUCAUCAGUGCCCAGCAUUGCCGCCAGUCAGUCAGUGAUGCCAGUCGCCUAUCAGUGUUGCCUACAGUGCCGCCUAUCAGUGCCGCCUGACAUUAGUGCUGUCUAUCAGUUCCGCCUAUCCGUGCCACCUCAUUAGUGCUGCCUAUCAGUGCUGCCUAUCAGUGCCCUUCAGUGCUGCCUAUCAGUGCCGCCUAUCAGUG